UCCUCGUACAAAGCGCCAAUUUUAUGCAGGGAGACUUAUUUCAAGGAAAGUCCGGCCCUGUCCAGGCAGGAAGCUCUCUGAAAAUCUAAUGACAGACACAGCAGUCAUGCGGAGUUGUUAGCCGCAAAGACACAUCGAUUAACAAAGCCUCUCCUCGGAGCCUCUCCGUGUUGAUGACUGCAAAGGGCUUGAUCCAUCAGGGGGUUUUUAUGUUAUGGUGCUGUAAGUAUAGAUUGUUCUUUCUGUGUUGGACAGUGUCCAGCCGAUGCGCCUUCUUGCCCUGCCCUGCCAGGCCCCUUCAGCUCGAGGAUCUCCGUGCAGAGGAACGCCUCUUUGGUUGGCUGUGACAGGCAGUAUUAGGCAAGAGAUGCGGGUUCACUUGCCCUGCGUAGAGGCUUAUCUUGGGCUAAGCUGAGGGACUAAUAGCAAAGCCUGCCUUCGCUCCAGCCGGUCUGAGGGCAUAGGGAGCCAUCUGUCCACUCUGUGGAUAACUGACAACAAAGGGAGCAAACAUUGAACGAGGACCUCAAACUAAACGACCAGUCCUUUGGAAGAAACCACAACCAAAGAGGAGAACCAAGAAUUUUGCAUCCAAGGUGUGGGAUGGCGGCAGACAGUUCUGUAUUUAUUGGUUUGUAGUGUUUAUUUUAAAGGUCUGAAUAAACGGAGCAUGUCUGACAAGGAAGAAAUGGCUUCAGAAGGGAGUCCGAACGUUACGCUGACGCUGAGGCUGCUGAUGCACGGAAAGGAAGUUGGCAGCAUAAUUGGAAAGAAAGGAGAAACGGUGAAGAAAAUGCGAGAGGAGAGUGGCGCCCGCAUCAACAUAUCUGAGGGAUCAUCUCCCGAAAGGAUUGUGACCAUCACAGGGCCCACAGAGGGAAUCUUCAGAGCUUUCUCCAUGAUUGCACAGAAGUUUGAAGAGGACAUCACCGCAGCAAUGUCAAACAGCAACGUGACGAGCAAGCCCCCCGUGACACUUCGACUGGUUUUCCCAGGGAGUCAGUGCGGCUCACUGAUUGGCAAAGGAGGCUCAAAGAUCAAAGAGAUCAGAGAGACCACAGGCGCUCAGGUUCAGGUGGCAGGAGACAUGCUGCCGGACUCGACGGAGAGGGCUGUCACAAUCUCCGGCACUCCGCAGGCCAUCACUCAGUGUGUGAGACACAUCUGCUCCGUAAUGCUGGAGUCUCCACCUAAAGGAGCAACUAUUCCGUACCGCCCCAAGGUCCUACCUGUUGGAGCCCAUGCAGUAUUAGCGCCACAGCACUCUGCACAAGCUUUUGCAAUUCCAGGCCAGUAUGCUUUUGCACAUCAAGAUUUGACCAAGCUUCACCAGUUGGCUAUGCAGCAUAUCCCCCUCCCUUCCCUUGGGCAGAGCAACCCUACCUUCCCUGGUACGUACCCACGGCUCCCUGGGGGAUGUCCAUCUAUCCCUCUGUCUGCACUCCUCUUCGAACCACACCAUCAAUACACUGCUGUCGCUUCAGCGGGGUUCAAGGAUGUCUCCGAUCGCUCCGAAUGUAGCAGACUCUCAGGAUUGGAUGCUUCUCCCUCCACGAGCACACAAGAACUGGCAAUACCUAAUGAUUUUAUUGGCUGCAUAAUUGGACGACAAGGCAGCAAGAUCAAUGAGAUUCGCCAGGUCUCUGGAGCUCACAUCAAAAUUGCCAGCGCCACUGAUGGCUCCGCCAUGCGCCAAGUCACGAUCACAGGAUCGCCGGCCAGCAUCAGCGUUGCCCAGUAUCUCAUCAACGCCAGCUUAGAGAUGGCUAAAUACACCAUGCAGGCCGCUUCCUCGGCGGCCGGCGUUGAUCUCAUGAGCUUCUCCCAGUCUGCUCCCACUGCCUCCACUGCUGCUACUUCCAUGGCUGUCCUGGCGGCCAGCAGCCAAGCCCCCACCACCAUUAACGUCCACUCUCCUUCCACCUUACCAGCCAUGCAAAACCCACACUACGCCGUCCCAGUUUCCAGCCUGCUUGGCAUGAAAACUCUCCCUCUCCUGGCUGUCCAUCCAGCUGCUGCUUCCAGUCUAGCGCAGGGUUUAAACCCUUACACCGCAAAACUUCCGACCUCCGGCGUCAAAAAAUCAGAGCGGCAGAAGUUCGCUCCCUAUUGAUGCCAGCUUGUUAGCUCGAGUCGAUGUGGCCGUGCUGAUAAGACAUUAUUAAAAGAUAGCAGAUAAUUUAACAUUACCACUCUACAGUAGCUUACGCCAGAAAGUAAGUUUUUUCCAGUGCAGCAUCUGUUUUCAUAAACCAAGAGGAUAUUAGACAGACACCGAAAUGACAGAAAACAUAUCUUCAAUUCAAUUAAACGAGGCUGCAGAGGUGCAUAUUAAUUGUAUAUUUUCACAUGGACGUGCAUAACAAUGUGGGUAACUCAGGCUUGUAUUUGUAUCCAGGGAAAAUGUGUUUUUCAAAUGGAUUCAGGUUCCAAAGCUUUAUAAGAACACUUACUCCUGGAGAUGUGUUUCCAUGAUCCAUAUGUUGACUUAGUUUUCUAUCCGUGUUGCUAGUUUUUAUUAGAAAAAAAUGCAAAUUAGCAUGUAAGAUUUCUUUUUUUUUGUUUUUUUGGCAGCAGGCUGUAAAAAUAUUUGUCUUGUACAAUAGAAGUCAGUGUGUUAAGUAAUUUUUUUUUAACAAGGAAUGCUCCUCUCUUCUGUCAUGUGUCCCCCUCUCUUUCACUAUAGGCUCUCAUCAGUGUAAACAGGCCAGGGUGUUCUGUAGUAGCGUUGCACUGUUGCAGCUCUGAUGGGAUUAUCUUAAAGCCACAAAGGAUUCUAGUGGAUUUCCUUCUACCAAGUAAAUCCCGUAGAGCAGUACUGGCUUGACUCAUUUACUUGUUCUGUGCACUGGCUUGUAUCUUGUUUGUUCACCGGCGUAAACAAGAGAAAUGCUUCAACUUUCAGCAUCUGAAAUGAGCACUCAUCAGUUAUUGUAAGGAAUAUUUUAUUGAUGUGUUUUUCUGAUGUGGGUCUACCCUUGAACAAUGCAGAUUUGCAAUAUUUGUAAAUGAAAUGAGUUUGAAAUAAAUGGAACUUUUUAUGAA